AUGUGUGGAUCAUACAAGCUGAGACCUGAAGAAUUUGAAUCAAAGCAGUCAUCUGAAUUCUCUGUAUCUCUGGUUCAUGUGUUAGAUUCUGUUCGGACAAUCUUGUUUCUGUUUCUUUCGUGUGCAGCCACUGGCAGGCCAACACUCAAUCUGGAGAGACGUUUAGAUCAUGAUGGACAUCCUCUUGCCAUUACCACCGCUGAUGCAGUUGCAGCAGCAGCAACUGCUCCAUGGAAUUGGAGAGAGACCCCUGGAAAUGGUGGGGAGAGUCAGUCAUAUUGUGGAAGGGUCAUAUCAGUCAAGUGGGGGGAUUACACUAGAAGAAUUGGUAUUGAUGGCACUGCAGAAGCCAUCAAGGAGGCAAUUAAAUGUGCUUUUGGGUUAAGAACUAAACGCUCCUUUUGGUUGGAGGAUGAGGACCAGAUAGUCCGAAGCCUUGACCGGGAUAUGCCUUUGGGGAAUUAUAUGCUUCAUCUUGAUGAAGGAUUGGCAAUAAAAGUGUGCCUUUAUGACGACACUGAAGAGAAGAUUUUUUACACUGAAGAUGAUUACCGUAGUUUUCUGUCCAACCGGGGCUGGUCAUGUCUGAGGGAGUUUGAUGGGUAUAGAAACAUCGAUAAUAUGGACGAUCUUCGGCCUGGUGCAAUAUACCGUGGCAUGAGUUGAAGACAGGUACGUCAUCAUCAUCGUCAUGGGGAUUUCGUUACUCUGUUUCAAUCUUGAUGUAGGUUCGUCACUGGUUCGAAACAGUCUUGCUCAGUUGUGUAUAAAUGUUAUUCCCCCCACUUUUAUUUGCUUCAAUGCAGUGGAGGGAAUUUGUUGUGCUGUUUCUUGAUACAAGCGCUGUACUAAUCAAGAACAAUGUUGCUCAAUAUGCAUAUGUUCAUAGGACAUGGAAAAGCCCAUUACAAAUCUGUAAAUAUUUUACUAUUCAACACUUAAGUCUGAGUAUUCUAAGAGCUAAGGCAGUUCUAGGGUU